CCGGAACGUCCUCGCGCGUGAGGUCCGAGAAGGGCGUGACGCCGAAGGUCGCGUGNGGGUUUGCCGCGGCGUGCAGCCUUGCAAGGAACAGGUUCUCCUUGAACACGCCCAGGCGGAACGCCUCCUCAGCGGCGCUCCCGUACACCUUGCCGUGACGCUGCUUGAACGCCGCGAACUGCGACGCCAGCGUCUCCCUCGCCUGCAGGCUCGCCCUCGCCGCGGGGACGAAGCACAGCACGGCGACCAGAACGGCCACGAGCAACAGCGUGCGCGCCGAGCCCGUCAUUGCUGCUUGUGCGUGUGUGUGUGGGUUUCCUUCCUUGUCAGCUUUCCCCGGAUCCACCUGCGCGGUGCGGGGUGGGGCGCGGGGGCCGAGGUGGGGAGCAAAGGCAUGCACGCAGGGCGGCGAGUGCCGCAGGGGUGGGUGGGAGGGGGUUGGGGCAGGACGCUUUCACGUGUGUUUGACGGUGCGAGUAAAACCCCCUUCGCUGCCGUGGCGCCGGGGGCCGACGCGGGCCGGUGA